AUGGGCAGCCCAAAAAGCUUGCUUCCUCGAAAAAAGUUCUACCGAGCUCGAGCUCACUGCAACCCACUCAGCGACGCGCAAUUUUCAGUCCCGCUCCGCCCUGAUAAAUAUGAUUGGCGAAUUCUGUAUCCCAGUGCGGGAAAGUCGUAUCGAAGUCUCUCGGACUUGCAGGUGAAGUUUGUUGACGUGGGUUGCGGCUUUGGCGGGCUUCUCGUGAAGAUUGCGCCAGCGUUUCCGCACCACUUUGCCAUAGGACUAGAAAUUCGGGACAAGGUCAGCCAGUAUGUUAAAGAACGGUGCAAAGCGUUGUGUCAACACCACAAGGGUGUUUAUGACAAGAUCUCUUGUAUCCGCACAAACUCUAUGAAGUUUCUGCCCAACUUUUUUCGGAAGGGCCAGUUAUCAAAGCUAUUUUUUUUAUUUCCAGACCCACACUUCAAGACAGCAAACCAUCGACGGAGAAUCAUACAACGUAAUUUGCUUGCGGAAUAUGCUUAUGCUCUGCAGAUUGGCGGCUUGCUGUAUACAAUCACAGAUGUCGAGGAGCUCGGCUCGUGGAUGUCAGAUAAACUUUCUGUACAUCCAUGUUUCCAGCAGCUCUCCGCAGAAGAGGUACAGAACGACCCAGUGGUCCCAAACCUUUGUGGAGGUACAGAGGAAGGGACGAAGGUAAAACGCAACGAGGGAGCCACGUAUUUGACAGUCUUUAGACGUGUGUCUGGCCCUAUGUAG